AUAUAACGACAAAAAAAUCUCACUCUGAUGCUCGCAAAAGCAAAACCCACUUAUCCAAGCCAAUAGAAGCAAACCAACGAAAGAUCACCUCGCUCAAACGGCUGGGUCCUCCUCUUCGUGUUCAUCGCCCUCCUCCUCUCUCUCUCUCUCGAUGGCUUCAGCGAUGCUGUCCUUAGCUUCGGUCUCGCCGUCAGCUUCUCUGUCCACUCACGAGACUCCCAAGGGGAAGUUGAAGCUUGGGAGUACUUCUUGGAGCUUGAACAAGGAAAGAAAUCGUCUGCUUGCGAAGACAGAGUCUUUUGGUAGGGUAUCUAUGGUAGCUGCCGUGAAUGUCUCUAAAUUCGAGGGUGUAACGAUGGCCCCGCCUGAUCCAAUUCUCGGAGUUUCUGAAGCAUUCAAGGCUAGCACAAACGAGUCGAAGCUCAACCUUGGAGUUGGGGCAUAUCGAACGGAAGAUCUUCAGCCAUACGUGCUUGAUGUUGUUAAGAAGGCAGAGAAUCUUAUGAUUGAGAGGGGGGAAAACAAAGAGUACCUCCCAAUAGAAGGUUUGGCAGCAUUCAACAAAGUGACUGCAGAGUUAUUAUUUGGAGCAGACAACCCAGUAAUUAAGCAACAACGACUAGCAACCGUCCAAGGUCUAUCAGGAACUGGUUCUCUUCGCCUUGCUGGGGCUUUUAUCGAACGAUAUUUUCCAGGGGCAAAAGUUUUAAUAUCCUCUCCAACCUGGGGUAAUCACAAAAACAUUUUUAAUGACUCUAGAGUUCCAUGGUCAGAGUACCGAUACUAUGAUCCAAAAACAGUUGGUUUGGAUUUCGAGGGGAUGAUAGCAGACAUAAAGGCAGCACCUGAAGGAUCUUUUGUGUUGCUUCAUGGCUGUGCUCACAACCCUACCGGCAUAGAUCCAACCCCUGAACAGUGGGAAAAAAUUGCUGAUGUCAUUCAAGAAAAAAACCAUAUCCCCUUUUUUGACGUUGCAUACCAGGGAUUUGCUAGUGGAAGCUUGGAUACUGAUGCAGCAUCUGUCAGAUUGUUUGCUGCACGUGGUCUAGAGCUUCUGGUUGCUCAGUCAUACAGUAAAAACCUUGGGCUCUAUGCAGAAAGAAUUGGAGCAAUCAAUGUUGUCUGCGCAUCAUCUGAUGCAGCAACAAGGGUAAAGAGCCAAUUGAAGAGGAUCGCUCGACCUAUGUACUCAAAUCCUCCAAUCCAUGGUGCUAGAAUUGUGGCCAAUGUAGUUGGAGAUCCAGCACUCUUCAACGAGUGGAAAGCAGAGAUGGAGAUGAUGGCUGGAAGGAUAAAGGGCGUAAGACAAAAACUAUACGAUAGCCUGACCGCAACAGAUAAGAGUGGAAAGGAUUGGUCAUUUAUACUUAAGCAGAUCGGCAUGUUUUCAUUCACCGGCUUAAACAAGGCUCAGACCGAAAACAUGACAAACAAGUGGCAUGUAUACAUGACAAAGGAUGGGAGGAUUUCCCUGGCAGGUUUAUCUUUGGCGAAAUGUGAAUACCUCUCGGAUGCCAUCAUUGAUUCGUACCACAAUGUUAGUUGAAGCAACUUUGAUUAGCUGGCAUACAAGUCUGAACGAGGCGUAGAAAAUUUUGGUGAGCCUGAUAAUUAAACAGUUAUUACCAUACUUGACUGAGAUCUUGUAAAAUAAGCAUCUGCAGAAUCGGGGCCAUCUCCGGGCCAUACAUCGAACACAUAACAGAGAUUGUAAUACUUAUGUCGUACGAAGUUCCUAUCGUUGGAAACAUUUAUUUGAACAAAAUAUUCAUGGUCC